AUGUUCUUUAAAAUAUCAUUGACAUUGAUUGCAAUAAUAUCUGUCGUAUUCAGUCAAACAGAUGAUGAAGAAUCAUUUUUAUUUGUUACUAAACAAACAAUCAAUCGAUUUAUUGUACAAAAUAAGGAGUUAACUAUUAAAUAUGGUUUAUACAAUUCAGGCCCAACAACAGUUUUUAAUGUCAAUCUAAAUGAUAUUCAUAGUUUUCCGACAGAUAAAUUUGAAUUACUUGUUGGUACACUCAAUCCAAAAUGGGAACGAAUUCAUGCAGGAGCAAAUUUAACUCAUGUUGUUGUUCUUAAACCAAAACAAAGUGGUAUAAGUAAUAGUACACAUGCUAUUGUAACAUACCAAAAGAGUGAAAAGAAUACGGAUGUUCAAAGAACUUAUUCAUCGGAAAUUGGUGAUGUUUACAUAAUGACAAGUCGUGAAUAUGAUCGACGAUUUUCAUCACAUAUUAUUGAUUGGAUACUUUUUACAGCAAUGGCAAGUCCAUGUAUUGUUUUUCCAUUUUUUCUUUGGUUUAAAAAUCAUAAAAUGUUAAAACGUUCAGAAAAACUAUGGAUGGGCAGUGCCCUAUUUUUUAGUAUAUUUGCAUUAAUUUGUGAUCUAAUUGGUUUUUCAACACCAUACUGGCUUCAAAUUUGGCCUCGUGUCGGUGAUACAACCUUUCGUAAAUUAGGACUUUGGCAAGUGUGUAUAGCUGGUUUUCGUAAUCCGAAAAACUAUUGGGGAAAAGUUUAUUACGGUUGUUGGUGGUUAUAUGCACGUGAAUAUAAUGGAUUACGAGAAGAUGGAGUAUUAACACCAGCAUGGUUUACUGCUGUGCAAACAUUUGCAUGUUUUGGCUUAAUAUUUAAUAUACUCGGUUGUGUUGCGUUGAUUGUUGUUGCUAUUACACGAUAUCGUUUAUCACGUCGUUCAAUGCUCAUUGGUUGUAUUUUAUGUGCAUGUGCUUGGUUGUGUAAUUUUCUUGCUAUUCUUCUAUUUGGCAUCUAUUCCGAUGCUAUUCCAGGCAAAUGGAUGCCUCGAGCUGAUUAUACAUUUUUAUCAUGGUCGUAUCAUUUUAUGGUUGGUUCCAUGAUAUCAUCAUUUUUAGCUGUUGGUUUUGUUGUAUUUGAAAUCUAUUUUAUAACUGAAGCAAAAAAAUAUAAUAAUGAAAAAACAUUUAUUCGUCAUGUUGGUAAUCCAAAUCAACCAUUUAUUCGUCAUGGUGAAAAAGAUGAACCAUCAUUUGUACGCAAAGCUAUAAAUGAUGAACAACCAUUCGUACGUGGACCUAUCGAUGGUGAACAACCAUUUAUACGUAAAUCUGAUAAUGAAAAUGAACAUGCAUUUAUACGUCGUGCUGAUGGUUCAUUACCCGAAGAAGCAUUCAUACGUCGAGCUAAUGGUGGAUCCGAUGGUGAAGAAGCUUUUAUACGACGUGCAAAUGAUACAAAGAAUCAGGGAAAUAAUUAUGUAGUUUAA